CGAUCAAAUAUGUCGUUUAAAAAAUUUAAAUUAUUUUUCCGACGUAAUAGAAGCCCCUGGGCUUCUAAUACACCUUCCACAUCGAUUGCUCCAGAGGGGGGCUUCUAAUAUGGGGGAGGCUUCUAUUAUGGGGGGGGGUUUACUAAAUGUAUCUGUUUCGAAAGAAGAUUUUUCACGUAUACAGUAUAGACGAAGAAUAACGUGUCCUUUUGUUCUCUAUCUCGUUGCCAUUCGCUUCUUGCUAAACAGACUUUUUUGUUUCUAUGUGUGUGUGCCUGGAUCUUGAACUUUCAUGUAUUAUUGUUUCGCUUUACCAUACUAUACUGUAUACUGUAUAGUAUGGUUUUUAGUCUAUACUGUUUGACGUUAUUUCGUUAAGGAUGAUUCACUUACGUUAAGAAUUUCGUGUAAUAAACGCAACUUCUUCGUUUCGUACGGUAAGAAAAAAGAUUUCCUUACCGUCCUACGUUAUCUUUUCUCUUCCUUUACUUUUACCGUCAUCCGUGAUCUAUACUGUACAGCCAAUUUGGCUGUUUUAAAUGUGGUGGUUCAGAAUCGUUUUUUUUCGUUUAGGUUAAAAAUAGUUAUCAAUGGCGUAACCUACAACCUAACCUAUAAAAAAUUUCAUAACCCAAAUCUAGUAGAUAAGGUUAGGUUAGGUUUAACCUGCAGGGCUCUAAUGGGCGGAUAUAUGAAUUAAGAAUAUCUGAAUUAUGAAUGUUCGCGGAUAUCCGAGACAGAAUAUCGACCGCCAUAGCGUAAAAGUCAGAAAAGUAUAAAAGUAUAAAAGCAUGAAAGACAGAAAAGCUGGAAAUACGCGUUGAUGUAAUCAUUCUUUUCUCGCUUAUCAUUCGAAUAUUCUCAAAUCGGAUAUCCGCCCAGCCUUCAAUGAUAAUCAUAAAAUACUCUGUAUUAUUUAUAAAUCUCUUUAGUAAUCAAAUCAUCAGCCACCAAAUUACAUAAAUUUCUCAUUAUCAUUUCAGCUCAUACUGACUAUGAAUCAAGUCCAUACAUUGAUCUAAAACAACUUCUAGAAUCAAAUAAUAGCACUUAUCUUCAGACAAUUCAAGAAGAUCUUUUCGAUUCGGACGAAAAAAAUAUACUUUCAACUUGGUUCGAUGUAGUUCAUGUUCCUGACGCAAAAAAUGCAUCCUUACUUGAUCCAUCAUUUAAUACAAUAAUUUCUGAACCAUUAGAUGCAAAAGAAAUGGUUUCAAUUAUUAAUGGACAACAAAGCAUAACACCGUAUAUUAUAGAUAGCCUUAAACGCUAUCAUGCAUUAUGUGAUAUUCAAGAUGUGUUUCCAACAUGUUUAGAUUUAUCAAAUAAUACAAAAAAGUUAGAAUUAUUUAUUGAUUCGAUUACAAAACGUAUUCUAUUAAUAAUAGCUAUUGAAUGUAUGUCAAAUGAAAGUCAAUAUUUUUUAGGUAAUUUUAUACGUAAAAAUGAUUUACCAAUACCAUUAUCAUAUUAUAUAUGGAAUGAAAAACAUCAAGCACCAUUAUAUAAAAUUAAUUUUAAUUGUUUAACAGAAAUAUUAUGUUUGACAGAUGAUAGAUUAAUCAUACAAUUAGGUAGUAAAAAUUGUAUUGGUUUAGGUAAAACAAGUUUAUUACCAUAUAUAUUUAAUGAUAAACGAAAAGAAUCAUUAUCAUAUGAUGGUAAUAUGAAAUUUCGUUCAUCAUGUAUUGAUGUAUUAUUUUCUAAUGCACAAAAUAAACCAUAUAUUAUAUUUGAUGUACAUGGUACAAUACAUAAUGAAUAUAAUUUAGAUUUAAUACGUUCUAUACAAUUAUAUGCAUCUUGUCAAAUUAUUUAUGUAACAAAAGAUGAUUUACCAUCAAGAAAUAAUGAUAAAGAUUUUAUAAAUUUAAUAAUGAAUUAUUCAUUGGAAACAUGUAAAAUUCCAACAAUAAUUGUUGUAUUUGUUCAAAAUUAUGAUAAUGAAUCAUCAUCUGAUGAACAAUUAAUUAAUAAAUUUCAAAAUUAUUAUGCAAAUGAAACACAACGGUCACAUAUAUAUUGGACAACAGCACCAAUAUUUAAUUCAUUAUUAACAAAUCAAAAUUUAAAUACAUUUAAAAUCAAACGUCGUGCUAAUCGUUUAAUAGCAACAUUUCGUAAUAUAUUUAUAGAAGGUGAACAGUAUAUAGAACAACAAUCAUUAUUUCGUUCAUGUUUUUCAAUACAAACAACUUAUUUAAGAACAAAAAAAAAUUGUCAACAAUCAAAACUUAAUUUAAAAUAUGAAAUUGAAAAUGAAUUAAAACAAUUAUUUGAACAUUUAUCAGAUAAAACAGAAAAUUUAUUAAUUGUAACACCAUUAAGUUAUUUACGUGCACAAAUAAAUAUAAUAAAAAAGAAAUUAUGUGAUGAUAUUGAAUCAACAUUAGGAUCAAAAUUAGGUUUAGAAUUAAAAGAAUUAGAAAAUAAACGUAAAACAUAUACAACAUUUACAUCAUAUACCCAAUUUAUAAUUAAUUUAAUUAAUAAUAAAACAUAUAUAGAAUUAUUAAUAACAAAUGUAUAUUUAGAAAAAUGGCGUUCAUUAUAUGUACCUAAUUUAAAAUUAGAAAAAGAAAAGAAAAAACAAUUAAUAUAUGAACAUGAUAAAAAUAUAAAACGUUUAGAAGAUCAAAUUGAUUUACAAAAUAAAAAUGGUAAAAAGUCUGAUUAUGAACAAAUAUUGAAAUAUUUAAAUCAAUUACGUAAUGAAGCAAUAAAUUUAAAAAAUGAUGUAGAAAAACUUGAUUUAAAAUUAUAUAAUGUUGAUUUAACAAUUGGUUUAUUUGUUGAUGAAUUAUUUGAAUUAUAUGAUUAUUAUUUUGAUGAACAACCAACAAUGUUAGAUAAAUACCAAAAUAUGUUUGAACGUUUAGCUGAUCGUAUAUCACAAUUAGUUUAUAAAGGUUUUGCUAUACAUAUAUUACGUAGUAGACCAUUAUAUAGUCAAAGUCGUUUAAUGGAAAAUAUAAUAAAAAGAUUACGUGUUUCUGGUCGAUUAGCUGUAUUAACUGUUAUUGGUGAACAAUCAUCGGCUAAAAGUUCAUUAUUGAAUAGUACAUUUGGGUGUAAUUUUCGUGUUAGUUCUGGAAGAUGUACUAUUGGAGUUUAUUUAGGUAUUGCAUAUUAUAAAGACAUGACAAUUGUUAUACUUGAUACAGAAGGAUUAUUAUCAUUAGAAGAGUCUGGCUCCAUUUUUGAUAAUCAAAUGAUAACAAUGGCAAUAUUAUCUUCGCAUAUUGUGCUUAUUAAUCAUAAGGGCGAAUUAAGUUCCAGUUUGGAAGGCUUGAUUGGUAUGAGUAUAUAUGCAAAAUUACAACUUCAAAGUUCACCAUUAAAGCCUAAAUUAUUAUUUGUAUUACGUGAUCAAAUGGAUCGUAAUAAAAAAAUAUUUUGUGAACAAUUAACUCAAUUUAAAGAUAAUUUACAAACAAGUAGUAGAUUUUUAAAAGUAUCGAUUGAUGAUGAAUUAGAAAUAAAACAUGAAAAUAUUGUAUUAUUACCAAGUGCAUUUUCUGAAGACAUAAAUUCAGAUUUAAAUAUAGAACAACGUUGGCGUAAUCAAACAUUUCCAAUAAAGAUAAAUGAAUUAAGAUUAAAUAUAUUUCAUAGUUUAAAUGAACAAAUAAUAAAGCAAAGUCAUGGUCAUAAAGAUUUUGAUUAUUUAUAUAAUAAAUUAACAAAUAAUUGGAAAUCCAUUGAUGAAUUAGGACAAGGUUUAUUAAUGUGUAAAACAUUAUAUGAAUUAAGUACAUCAAAUGAAUUAAAAGAUAUAGCUAAAAAAAUAAUUAUUAUGAAAUCAACAACUUUAUUAAAUGAAGGUAAAUUAUUAUUAGACAGUGAAUUAGAAAAACAGAAACAAUUAAUGAUAUCAAAUGAAAAUAUAAACAAUGCUGACAUAUAUUUAAAACAAUUUAUUCAACAAGGGAAAAAUAAAUUAGAAAAUUUAACAACACGUCUUGUACAUGAAGCUAAUGAUGAAUAUGAUUAUAAUACACAGAAAUCAUAUUUUAUUGAUUUAAAAGAAAGAAUAAAUAAAAAUAUAGAACCAUCAAUACGUUGUAAUCAACAAUUAUUAGUACAACGAUUUGAAGAAGAUUCAUAUACAAUAGCACAAACAAAUGCAACAACACAUGUACAAAAACAAUUAUUAGAUAGUGCUAAAAAAUGUUUUGAUAAAGAAACAAGAACAAAAACUAAUAUAAAUGAAUUAGAAAAUGCAUUAAAUAAAAGACAUGAUGAAUUAGUUAAAGAGUUUCGACAAAGUUUAAAUUCAUUCAAAAAAUCACAGAAUGAUGUUACACAAACAAUAUUAAAUAAUUAUAAUCGUUUAGUUGAAGGAAGACGCGGUACAGCAUUAAAAACAGAUAUAUAUAAUCGUUGUCCAACAUUAGACAUUGAUAAAUAUCAUACUUAUUGUCAUGGAUGA